AUGAGCCAGACUACAGAGCCCUCUAACGAUGGUCCCGCUGUCACAGAAGAGACCAAAAUGACCACGGCCGAGAAGAAGGACAAGAAGGCGGACGACGUGGCCGAAGAGGAGGAGGAGGAGGAAGAGUACGUGGUGGAGAAGGUCCUGAAUCGCCGGGUGGUGAAGGGAAGGGUGGAGUACCUCCUGAAGUGGAAAGGCUUCUCUGAUGAGGACAACACGUGGGAGCCCGAGGACAACCUGGACUGUCCGGAUCUGAUCGCCGAGUUCCUUCAGCUCCCACCUGUUGCACUGAGUUUCAUUCUCAUUCACAGUCAAUCCGAGAGCUCCCACCGGGGUUUUAAUGUCAGAGGCACAUCCCACAAACCCCACGCCCCUCCAUUAAAAAGCACAGACAACCAGCACAAGAGUCACAGGUGA